UUGACCCGUUCCAAGCCACCCGCACACCUAGCGGCGACGGCUGGGCGACGACUCCUGCGCCACCACCAGUGGCGACCUGCAACUGCAAUCCUCGACCCACCUCACCUCCCUGCUGUCCCCCUCCACUCUCUCCUCCCUCCCGCCCGCCUUUCUUGGCUUUCUUCCUUGCGGCCACGACUAGGCCGCCGCCCUGCGCCGGGUCUUCGCCGGCGACGAGCACCCGUGCACCAGGUCCUGUACGGGCUCAGCUCCUGGUCCCAAUAGAGGUGUCUCGGUGGCUGUGGGUACUUGCGAAUUCGCCCUCUCCUUUUUGUUUUGUUUUUAAAAUUUCAGUUCCUGGAUUGAAACUGAGAGGGAAUUACCAAGAUAUGGCAAGGUUAUGCUGCUUCGGCGCCAGUUGCUCGGAGUUCACCGGACAUGGUUCGACAGCAUCUGGUAAAGGGAAAGGCUGUCAGGGGCAGGUCAAGGUCUGUUAUGGCUAUAAUCUUGUAAGAGGGAUGACGAAUCAUCCGAUGGAGGACUAUCACGUCGCCGAUCUUGUCGAUGUGAAGGGAAACGAGCUUGGUCUUUUUGCUAUUUUUGACGGCCAUCUAGGAGAUACCGUUCCCGCGUAUUUACAGAAGAAUUUGUUUCCAAAUAUUUUGAAAGAAGAAGAGUUUUGGACACAUACAGAUAGAGCAAUCACAAAAGCUUAUGAAAAAACAGACCAAGCUAUUUUAUCGCAUACUCCGAAUUUGGGACAAGGUGGCUCCACUGCUGUAACUGCCAUUCUUGUAAACGGCAGGAAGUUAUGGGUAGCUAAUGUCGGGGAUUCAAGAGCUGUUCUUUUGAAAGGUGGUGAGCCCAUACAGAUGUCAAUAGACCAUGAUCCGAAUGUUGAGCGCAGCGUAAUUGAAAAUAGGGGUGGCUUUGUUUCGAAUAUGCCAGGAGAUGUUCCCCGAGUAUGCGGUCAGUUGGCUGUCUCCAGAGCUUUUGGAGACAGGAAUCUAAAAUCACUAUUGAGAUCAGAGCCCGAUAUAAAAGUCGAAGACAUAGAUCACACGGCGGAGCUACUUGUCCUUGCGAGUGACGGCCUUUGGAAGGUUAUGAACAAUCAGGAGGUUGUCGAUUUGGCCAAAAGGUACAAGGAUCCAUAUGCAGCUGCCAGGCAAUUAACUGCCGCGGCGCUAAAAAGAGAGAGUAAAGAUGACAUAUCAUGUAUUGUUGUUCGGUUCAAGGCGUAAAUGGAUUGCAGGCGACUGACGGAGGAUUUUCAUCGAGAGCAGAGGAGUAAAUUAGGCCGACGGUAGUGGUAAUCCAAUGGAUGAAUAAUUACAGGGGGCGUUGGUGUAAAUGAUUUGUUGGCUCCAGUGUAAGUUCAUAGAUAAAUGUAUUCUAGGAUUGUUUGGCUUGGCGAUUUCAAAGGUACAGGUGUGAAGGCCCGAGAGCUAUCUAAAUAUAGCUAUCAUCUGUAAAUAAUGGUUGCAGAUAUUGGAAGUUGACCGUGCUCCAUUGUGAAUUUAUGAGAGUAGAUUGAGCAGAAAUUUGGAUUAGUUCUAAAAGAAAGAAUUGCAACUUGCAAGGUUA